AUGGAGCACAACGCUGCCCAGGCCUGCAGCACCCCCAAGAUGGUUGCUAAGGGGCGGAGACUUCGUAUCAGUUUCCGGUACUACUCCCACCCCAGACUCAAGGCCGAGUGCUUCGAGCGCUUGCGGCAACCUUAUCUUACUUCUCGCGAGGUUUCGUCUUCCAGGAAACGGUGGAAGACGUUCCCUGUUGGCGGCGUUACGAUGUGUGGGGACUGUGUGGAGAAAGAAUAUCCCAACCGGGGUAACACCUGCUUGGAGAAUGGAUCUUUCUUGCUGAACUUCACAGGCUGUGCUGUGUGCAGUAAACGGGAUUUUAUGAUGAUCACAAACAAAUCCUUCAGAGAGGAAGAUGGAGAAGAAAUAGUUACCUAUGAUCAUCUGUGUAAGAAUUGUCAUCACGUAGUUGCCAGACAUGAAUAUACAUUCAGUAUCAUGGAUGAAUUUCAGGAGUAUACCAUGCUGUGUCUGUUAUGUGGCAAAGCCGAAGAUACGAUCAGUAUUCUCCCUGAUGACCCCCGACAGAUGACUCUCUUGUUCUAA